AUGAAGUUGAUGCGUCUGGGCGCAGCGCUAGGCUACGCUCUUAUCGGCAUUUACUUGUGGCCUUCUAAGGUCGCCGCCGUCAUCGUGAAUGCGACAAUCGACGACCAGCUCGGCGACUCCGUGACACACCGUCUAGUAAAUUACUAUCCGAGCCAGAACGCCUGGAAUAAGCAAUCGUGCGGCGCGUGUUCUAUUCUUCCCGACACGUCCCAGGUGUUCGACGGCACAUAUACUGCAGCGACCUAUCUCGUCGGCGAUCCGACGAUGGAAAUUAACAUGCAGUUUAAUGGUAGAUAUCAAAGUCUCUGUCUCUUUCGAUAUCCUGAUCGACGCUCAACAGGAACCGCGAUUUAUGUGUUUUUUAUCCUCGGACACUUGAAUACUUCCCCCGUAACUCUCAACAGCGCCAACUUCACGCUUGAUAGCAACCAACCAGUACUUUUCGAGAGCAAUGCCAACUACAUCCAAUAUGAUGUGCUGGCUUUUUCUCAAAGUAACCUCUCGAAUACUCUCCAUACACUAUUCAUCUCUACCUCGGGCCCGGGUACCUAUGGGCCCAUAUACGUCAACUUCGACUACGCAAUCUACACCUAUGACAAUGGUCUUUCGACCACCACUUCGUCGCUAUCAUCGCUGUCCACGGUGACAACUAUGUCUCAGGCACCAUCUACCACAGCUACGGGUGCACCAGCUCGGAGGACUCCAGUAGGCGCCAUCGCUGGUGGCAUAGCCGGUGGAAUUACCCUGUUGGCCCUUGUCAUCUCCCUUUUGUUCUGCUGGCGUCGUCGGGGAGGUUAUGAUUUCAAGGGAAACGGGGAUCCCGAGUAUAGAAUAUCGCAAUUCAUGGCCACCAUCACAGCAGCCGGCGGCGAGUCUCCCCUGAAUACUGACAACCAGGCCAACAUGCAUAAUAACCACCGAAUGCCAUCUUUGGCAGAAAAAGCUUUACCGUCAACUUUGAAUUCAAGUGCAAUCGGUGCUAGUAGUAGCAAUACUCGCACUACCUCUCCUCUGCUGCCAUCCUUUCUGAAUGAUUUAGGAACACAGGAGGAGGUUCGCCGUGCACGACAAGAAGACCUCGAGCAAAUACGCGUCUUGAGGGAGCAGCAGCAGUCUGUGUGGGCCAUGGGAUUGUCGGACGAUCAUCCGCCUGGAUAUACACCUAGGAUGCAGAUUUUGAGGGAGGCAUCGUCAUGAUAUCCUGAGAGUCAGUUCGAUAUUCAUUAAUUAAUGGAACUUUGGAUCGGAUUUGGGAUCGAAGAUGUGCUAUUCGGGCCGGCCUCUUCUAAUGUUGAAACUUCUUAUGAGGGACGCAGUGUCCACAUUCCCCCCAUCCUCUGAAGGGCAUCAUGAUCGGGAGACGAUGCCAAUAGGACGCGCACCCACCGCUAGUCUCGUUGGAU